CCAUGAAUACCACUCCCCAUCAUGACCCACAACAUCCAGAUGUUUUCUUGGGGAGCACUCAGACUCCACCCUCCAGACCCCUACUUGCAUCCAAAGACUCAAAGAGAGUUUGUUUUUACAAGAGUGGAGACCCGCAGUUUUCUGGACACUGGGUAGUCAUCAACAGUCGUACGUUCAAGACUUUUGAUGCCCUGCUGGACGCCCUUUCAAACAAAGUGCCUCUACCAUUUGGGGUACGCACCAUCACAACACCCAAAGGUACACACACUAUCCGGAGCUUAGAUGAUCUGCGGCAUGGGGCCUCUUAUGUGUGCUCAGAUCAAAGAAAGGUCAAACCCCUGAACCUGGACGAGAUCAACCGGAGACAUGUCCCCUGGAACAGCACCAGACCUACUAGUGCAGGACGUCAGGGACGCAGAGGACUGAUCCGGCAGCUAGUAAAGAAGAAUGAAGUGGGCUGGAUGGCAAAAAUGGCUGAAAGUUCUGUGACAGUGAGGACACCAAAAAGGCUUGUGGUUUUUAAGAACAGGGAUCCCAGCACUAAGCGCAUAGUUGUUUUGCAGAGGAGGACAGCUCCGACUUUUGAGGCUCUCUUGGAAUACCUUUCCCAAGUGAUGCAGUUCUCUGUGGUUAAGCUAUACACUGCCGAUGGCAGACGCGUUGAAGGUCUUCCGGCCCUGAUCCUGUGCUCUGGUGUCAUUGUAGCAGCUGGUAAUGAACCCUUUCAGCUGGCUAACUUCAAUCUCCAAGCAUCCACUCAACCCUCACACUCAGUCAUAUCUGAAACUACGGGGCCAACAAAGACACAGCCAUUGCCACAAGUUCAACAAAAAUCAGUGAGCAGUAGACCAAGAUCAAGAAAUUUCUCAUUAUCAUCAGAAAGAUAUUUUGUAAAUCAGAUCAAUAUGUCACUAAAUGGAAGUCACUCAGAGGACAAUGAAGUGAAAAUAGGAUCGAUGGUGAGUGUGAACAACCAAGCCCUAGAAUCAGAAGAGAUGGAGAAAUGUGACUUCAUGUCUGGUAUAGAGGAACAGGAUCGCUUAAUUAUACCUUCAGAUGAUGAGAUUGAGAAAUCAUUUCGUGUGAAUCAGGAUGGCAGCAUGACUGUGGAGAUGAAAGUUCAUCUCACUAUAAAGCAAGAGGAGAUGAUUCACUGGACCACCACAGUGAGUCGAACCUGCGUUAAUAGCCAGGACAUGGCAGCAUUCUCGCAACCAGUCUCAAGCUACAACUCCCCAGAUAAUAAAGACAAUAAUAACAGAAAAAGAGAGUCAAAUAUAGACAACUAUGAAUCUAAAGAUGAGAAUACAAAAACUUAUAAACCAAUCAACUUAAAUAAGGAGGGAGACAAUCACUGUGGAAAUACCAUCACUGAGGCCUUGGAAAAACCAAAACCGCGUUUCAGGAGGCUGCCUACUCCAGGACCUAGGCGUGUCAGAAGGAAGGAGACUUCAAUGGAGAAUAUAAAGAGGCUAUCACAAACUGAGGUUCAGGAAAGCACAGCUGGUACAUACUCAUAUGUGGAGCACACAGCUGAAGGUGAGCUACUGGAAGGGUACUGUGUUGUCAGUCAUAGCAGCUCUAGCAGUACAAGACCUGUACCAAAACCCAGGAAGAAAAAUUUGGGAGAAUCCAAGCACAAUAAGACUCACUCCUCUCUCUCAGGGAUGGCAGAGGUUCUUCAACUGCACAACAAAGGAAAAGAGAUUACAGAAACUGUAAUGCAUAUUCAUCAGUCACAGGAUACAUAUGAAAACUAUUUUGCAAAAACCUGGGCUGAUAAGGAUGACAGGUUUGAAUUUAUGUCUCAAGAACACAAAAAGCCAGACUCAACUGAAUCAGGGCCUCAAUCUUCAAGCAAUGGCUGUGACACUGAUCUUACCAAACCGUCUGCAAGUUCUGGUUCUGGGAAUGCUAGGAACAAAGAACUCUUAUCUUUGCUGUCUGGCCAAACAGACCUUUCACAAACAAUAAGCAGCAGUGCAUCCUCCUUCACCAACUAUGAAACUCAAGCUAGAUGUGAACCCUCAGACAAAGGAGUGGAGACAUCCACUAAAGAGGACUCUGAAAAUAAAAGAGUUCCAAGUAAGAAGACAAAAAAGGCACAAAAAUCUGGAAGGUCAAACAAACGUGUGUUUUUGCAAAGCACUGUGACAGAUAAAAAGCAGAAAGGUAGUGUUCCAGACUUUUUAAAAGACCUAAAGAACAGCGAUUCUCCAGAAUCACAGAGCUGUACAGAAAGUGACAAAUACGGGCAAAAGGUUAAAAAGAGAAAGGAAGGUCGGUCACCUCAGAAGGUAAACGCAUGUCAUGGUAACAUGUUGAGGGACACAUCUCAAUAUAUAAACUUAGGUCAUACUCACAUGUUAAGGCCUCACAUGAAAGAAAAAUUAGACAUUAUCCCAUCGUCUCAUUCAGCACCUUUCAAGAUUUUGACAAAGCAAAGGUCUGUGAAUGGCAGUGUAACAAAAUCUCCUAAAGAGAGCAAGGAGUUGAGUGAAAGUAUUUCUAUGCCAGUGCUCAAUUCAUCUCCCUGUAACGUGCACCAAUAUGUGGAAAACUGGCUGGAAAAAAUUCACCCUGAAUCAGUGCCCUAUAUGGAUGAGUUAAACUCACAUGAAGCUAGAGCUAGGUUCCAGAUUGAAAGUGAGUUCUCAGACAUUUCAGAAAUGAGAAGCGAAUUAGACAACAGUUUGGUGGAGAACUGUGCCUCUGUUGCAGGCUCUACUGUCAAGAAGCCAGUGUCUCGACUUGUACAAAUUAGGUAUGAGGGAGAACCUGUGGAGGCAAAGAACCCUAGAAGAUCCUGGAAAUCAAUGCCAAGUGUGAGAAUACACGCUGCUGAACAGGAGAUUGGCACAAGAAAGAAUAAGUCUUCAGAGGACUUGGUUCCCAAAUUGCCAGAUGCAGGGGGUGAAACAUCACCAAACACACAGUUGAACCCUAGGUCAGGUAUGAAACAAGUUUUGGAGCAGUUAUGUUUAUCUAUCCAGUUUAUCAGAAAAGCCUGUAGUCAUUCUCAUCUAUCAUCCUUGAAGAAGAAGCAGAAAUCCAGUAGCCUUCCUGACUUCUCAUCACAGUUAGCCUCUGUUUUUGGCUCUCCAUCUGAGGCACUUCUCUCCUUCCUGACACUGAUGACUCUGAGAGAUGGAAUAGCCAACUCUGCCAAUGAAGUCUCAGAUUCUGCCAAUGCUAAUAACUCAGGCAGCAAUCCAGAGGCUCUGCAGGUCAUGCAAUCCAUACAAAAAUUGGCCAGCAUAGAGGAUGAAGAAGAGCUUAAGGCUAGCCUGGCAAGUCUCCACAGUUCAACUUCUGCUCAGUUAAAGAAGAGCUGGAGAGAUUUCCAAGAGAAAAAUAAUAUCAAAGAAAGUCCUCCACUGUCACCAAGACAGUCAGAGCAAGAGUUUGCUCUUGAGGUCAACUCAGAAGAGGAAGCUCAAGAUAAAGGGCAUAUUUUUGGUAUCAGAGAGAUAAUGGAUGAGCUUAACAUGUGUGAGGAUCUCCGCAGAGAGAUUUCCUCACUUGUUAGGGGUGAUUUGACAAAUUUCAAUAAAGCAAGACCCACUAUGGAGCAUUUUGGUCAUGAAAACGAAACCACCAAUAUUGCUUGUGAGAACGAGGAUGCCACUAUGCAAGACGAUUUAUGGGGGUACUUGGAGGAAGAAAGAAGAUAUUUAGAGGAGAGGGAAAGUCAAUAUGAUUUUAUUACAAAUACUAAGCCUGCAGAUCUAGCCAAAGAAUCUGAAGAAUUACACCUACUCAAAUCAAUUUCCCAUAAGCCAGCACUUCUGAGUAAAGAGCCAGCUAUGGAAGAAUCGGACAUAAGGAAAAAUGUCCAAAUUGAGGAUAUGUCUAACCAAAAUGGACUAGUUGCAUAUAUAACUGAAAUUGUGGAUGAUGUCAAGACAAACCAGGAAAGGUAUGUAGAUAAUGAACCAAGCAAAGCAGAUCUAUGUGAGGAGAAACAGGAGAUGAUGGACAAUGUCCAAAUGAUUGAGGAAAAGUACACAGAGGUUGAGAUAAGCCAGGUUGAUGAGUUUCAGGUGCCAGAUAACAGUAUAACCAAUCUGGAAGACAAAGUGGAAUGGCAAGAAAAUGUAGGUUGUAUGCAAUCUGAAUCUGAACUGCUUUCUCCCACUUCAGAAAUAGAGGCAAAAGAUGUCAGAGAGGUGAUUGAUAACAUUGUCAGUAAAAUGGGAGAUUGUACAGAAGGAUGUGGCAUAAAUUCAAAGGAGGAAGACACCUACUCUGAAACCAGGGAAUAUCCUAAACAGCCAGAUAUAAUGUCAGUGGCUUCAGAAACAGAGACUGAAGAGGCACACCACCCAAAUAAUGGCACUAUCCAAACAGAAGAGAAGAAUGCAAUACACAAAGAGGCAUCCGACUUUAGUGUAGAUGAAGCUGAUCCACACAGUAAUGAUAAUAAUGGCCUAAAGGACGAUAUGACUAACAAUGACCGUGAAGAAACAAUGUGUAGCAUAUCAGAAUGUGAAAAUCCAGCUGCUGAACAAGACCAUUCUUCAGUGUCUGAUCAAGAGGAUGAACACUCUGACCACUACAAGUCAGCAACUUGCACAUGGCAAGAAUCAGAAAUUCAACAUGAGCUCCAGAAAUCAGAGGAGGAAAUUGUCACUGAGAAACAGACUGAUAAUGCUAGUGAGAAUGAUGAAGAAGCAGAUGAGGAUGAAGAUUUUGAUGCAGAACCAAUCUCUUCUCUCCAGCUUCAUCAAGAAGGUGAAUAUUCCGACCACUCAGAGUCUUAUAAAGGUCAGGAAGUGGUAGCUGAACUUGACCUCCAGACAUUGGAGGAGAAAAGUGUUGGUAAGAAUCCGACUCAUCCUGCUGAGGAGAAAGAUGAUGAAACAGAUGAACAUGAUGACAAGCAGAGCAAUGCUUUAGAUACUGACAAAGACUUAGAUACUCAGUCACACCACUGCUACUUGGAAGAUCCUUCAGUCAAAGACUUUCUGAGGAGGGAAUCAUGCAAAAGUGAGGAAAAACACAAAGCCCAGUCAGAGGAUUCUGCAGGAAUAGAAGAAGCAGAUGUGGAUCACGAUUGUCAUUGUGUGCAUCCUACGGUGUUCCCCCAGCAGCUGCUGGAUUUUGUCAACUUAGCACUGAUGUCCUCUGCUCUGAUUUUCACAUAUGAUUCAAAUGGCUGUCUACGAAUCGAGCCAGACAGAUGCAAAAACAGAGCAAUGGCUUUAUGUAAAAGCAAUGUAGACAAUCAGUAUGCUAGGAGAUGUCUUCCUAGCCCCAACACAUCUGACCUCUCUGAUUACAGGCCUGAUACAUCAGACAGUGGAGGAGACCUGUCCCAGGUUUCCACAGAUCUUUUAACCGAGGGUGGAGAGGAUGAGGCAGAGAGGCUGUUCAUUUACCAAGGCAACAUGAAGCAAAGCUCUGAGAACAUCAACAGAAAAGUUAAAACCCUGGAUAAUGGUUCAAAGAUACCUCAUCUUGACACAAAACAAAUAGCUAACCCUAAUUUAAAGAGGAUCAACAGUCUUAGCUCUUUUCCUGACUCCAUGGUUAACAAUACUAUGCAGGACCCGGUCUAUCACAACUCUUCAGACUCUAUUGGGAAUUCUGAGCUUGCACAGUGUCUAGCCUUUGAUGCAAAGGCUGACUCUGGGGAAGGAAUCCUGAUAGAUAAGGGCAGGUGGCUUCUUAAAGAAAAUCACCUCAUUCGUAAAUCUCCUCCUGUUCCAAUGGCAAUGUAUGAAAAUGUAGAUACAACAUCGGUUGACACAGGUCAAGAAAACACAAGUGAGGAAGCCCCCUACAUACCUUGUGGGAGAAAACAGUCCCCAAGAGCUGUCAUAUCCUCUUCUGAGCUGGAAGACAUGGCCAAGCCUUCCACACCCAAGUGUACAUACUUCAACAUGGCUCACAGUAGUGACUCUGACCCUUUCCUGGAUAACCAGAGCAUUACGAGUAACAAAGGAAGAGGUUUCACUCGAAAAAGCAAGGAAGUAUCACCACUAGGAGAAACAUCGAAAAUGUUGGCAAAGAAAAAUGGAAGCCUCCCCUCUUUUGCAUCUGUUGAGUUCAAACUGGCCGCUGGGAAAGUCCAUCCCGAGGACGGCAUGGCAUCUAGUGUGGUGGAGAAAUCUGCCAGAUCCCAGAGCUUAAGAUGCAACACAUCACAUGAAGAAGAGUCAGUAGAGGGUCUGAGUCUUAGAUGUGGACAGCAUUGCCCAAUACUGUAAACCGCAACUAUAUAUGUUAGUUGCCCCUCUACAUUAAGGAAAUGAAAUAUUGUGGGAGGAUUACUCUUUAAUCGUAAUAGAGUUUACCCCUCAACUUUGGUGCCUCUAUCAGUAAAAGUUAAUUGAUAGUACUGAUAGUAAAACUUGAAAGCAAUUCAAAAUACUGAGUGGGAUUUAGAAGGUUUUAGUCCUGACUGUUUCACCAAGCAUAUUGCACAACUGGUCAGACUUGAAAACCUAAACCUUUGUAAGUGCUAUUUGUCUUGUGGUUUUGGAGCAUAUUCAUCAUUUUUAAAAAGAAAGUUCAUAAUCAUUAAUAUAAUGUUUAAGUCAUCGAAGUUCAGAUGCAUUUUAAAUUGGCCAUAUGAAUAAAUGGGAAUGUGAUAGUAUUAACGUAAAUCUUGCCAUUAGACAUAAAAUAAAGGCGCACCAUGGAGCAAUGGGCUGCUAAAAUUUUUUUUUUUUGUACAGUGCAAUAACUUUGUUAUCUCUUUUGGUUUAUUAAGCUAAUCUUCCUGUUCCAAAGAGUUUUAGCUGGAUAAUGGCUUUUUAAAAUGAUAAUGACUUUAUUUAACAUGUUUAACAUGUACUGUAUAAGUGUCCCACGUCUUGACGAUUGUCAUUCAUUUGAAAAGUAAAGCCAUAUUUAUACAGUAGGUUCUUGAUGUAUGCAGAAAAACUUUCAAUGCCAGAAAUCACCUUGCAAUACCAAUCCAAAUUGUACUCCUGCAUUACACUGAAAACAUAUUUAAAAGAUAUCGUUUUGAUAUGCUGGACCUGAUAUUGAUUAGACUCAGUUGUUUUUUAUCUCUCCAUAAAGUAACUGAAUUGUGGUUUCAAAGUAAGUUUUUUUCUUUAAUUAUCAAAAGUAUAUUUAUUAUUCAGUUCUUACAGUUAUUAAUGCUAAUGGUUUAUUCUACACCUCAAUAACUGAAAAACAAGUCAGACCAUAAAUAAGUUCCUAAUGAGGACCUAAUGUGUUCUGUUUAUGGCUCCAAUAAAUAGCUAAAAUAUUAUUGUACACAUUGAAAUAAUGAAAGUAAUAUUUGAACAGUUGGAUUAUGUUCAUCAUCAUCAUCAUCAUAAUAAUAAUAAUACUGUGCUGAUGGGGUUCAUGGAAUUUAUUUUACUUUUAAAUGGAUUAUUAUUAUUAUUAUUAUUAUUAUUAUUAUUAUUAUUGCAGUUGCAGUACAAACCUUCUGUGCAAACCUGUUCACACUGAAUACAUAUAUAUUUUGAUUACAACCCUGGUCACCAUGCACCAUCUUGCACCAAUGGUAUGGAGUGCCAUGUCUGAACAAAAGGUACCAAUAAUUUGCAGUGCAGUGCAGAUGAAAGCCCUAGUAGCCAUGUUACUAAGAGAGGAAAGUGAAACAGUCAGCAGGUAAGCUGACUGCAGGGUGCAGGGAGGAGUGUAAACCUGAAGACGAGGUUGUGGAGGACUUUAAAUGUGAGCAGCAGGAUUUUGAAAUUAAUCCAAUAUUUCCAGAUAAUCACAACUAAGAAUCAUUUGCCAAAUGUAUGUUACUGUAUAUGUCAUAUACACAGAAUUUUGUUAUUCAUUUUUGUUUGGCAUUUACAGUGAUUCUGCUUUAGUUAUAGCUUAUUUUAAAAUCCAAAAAUAUCAGAGAAGGUCAUUUAUUCUUUAACAAAA